GCAGUAGGUGACGUUUGUCAUGUUUUGCCUCUGUUGCCUCUCAGUAUAGUUUCAAUUUCAGUCCCCAUCAGUUUAGCUUAUAUAUUUUACAACCGUCAUGUCUCGGGGGUCAACUGCAGGGUUUGACCGCCACAUCACCAUCUUCUCUCCGGAGGGAAGACUCUACCAAGUUGAGUACGCCUUCAAAGCCAUCAACCAGGGCGGACUGACCUCCGUAGCUGUCAGAGGGAAGGACUGUGUUGUCGUAGUCACACAAAAGAAAGUCCCAGACAAGCUGUUGGAUGCCUUGACAGUCACACAUAUGUUCAGAAUUACGGAGAACAUUGGCUGUGUUAUGACCGGCAUGACUGCUGAUAGCAAGUCUCAAGUUCAGAGGGCACGGUAUGAAGCAGCUAACUGGAUGUAUAAGUAUGGCUAUGAGAUCCCUGUGGACAUGUUGUGCAAACGCAUGGCGGACAUCUCCCAAGUCUACACGCAGAAUGCUGAGAUGAGGCCUCUGGGCUGCUGUAUGAUUUUGGUUGGAUUGGAUGAAGAGUUGGGUCCGCAGCUGUAUAAGUGUGAUCCAGCCGGCUACUACUGUGGCUUUAAGGCCACAGCAGCUGGAGUCAAACAGACUGAGGCCUCCAGCUUCCUAGAGAAGAAAGUCAAGAAGAAACUGGAUUUGACCUAUGAGCAGACUAUAGAGAUGGCUAUCUCAUGUCUGUCAACUGUUCUGUCCAUUGACUUCAAGCCCUCAGAGCUGGAGGUGGGAGUUGUCACUACACAGGAAUCAAGAUUCAAGAUUCUGUCAGAGUCUGAGAUCGAUGUUCACCUGGUGGCUUUGUCUGAGCGAGAGUGAGGAAAGUUGGCAACCAAUUUGCUGCCAUCAUCAUUACUCUGAAAAGGAUGAUGAACGGUAACACCAGAAAACCCCACCUCCUCCACACAAAGAGUCUCGUCUAGAAGGAAGAUGAAGGAGCAGUUGGCAUCGAACUUGUUCAGAAGAGAGGUGGUACUACACCGUGAGGUUGAGACAAACAAAAAGUUCAGCAGCAAAGAAAAUUAUGGUCCUUUUUAACCAGGAGGGUAGAAUAUUUCACCCAUCCGCUCUGGCACUUAGCCCUCCUCCAUCCUCUCUGGUCAAAGCCAUGACCUUAAUGGACACAAUAUUAUCCACAUAUUGACCCCUCCUGCAUUUUCCUUUUCGCCACAAUAUGACGUCCUCACUGCAGGCAGCUGCCAAAUGUCACAAAGCCUAGAAAGAUGCUGGACAUUCACAUCAGUCCCCAGUAUGACACAUCUGUCUGCUCCUUGGUCACUGAUGGUGUCAGCCAUUGGCCACAGUGCCCUCUGGAUGGAGCUCAGCCCAAAUGACUUCAGUUGACGAGUGUGACAUGAGCAGAUUGGAAGAUGGGGGUGUGGUAACACUACAACUACAGCACAAUACCUCUUUAAGUAGGGUCUGCAGAAUUAUCUUAAAGUUCUAAAUUGGUGCGGUGUAUCAAACGGUGAAAUGUAUGUUUUAAACUGUACAUGGUCCCUUUUUAAAUAAAUCAAUGAACUAAUACCUCUUACUUCGCACGGACUUUGUGGUCCUGUAUCUUGUUGAGUCACUGUAUUACAACAGUGCUUCCAAUCUUUACUCAGGGCUGCCACGACACGUAUUCCUCCCACUUUCUUCAUCUGCUUUAAAGUCUCCCCUCCACUGUCUGCAGUUCCAGGAUGAUGUUUAUGCUCUGAUGUACUUUGUGAUAACCCAGGGAGCAGCUGUGGAAUUCUCUAAUUGCAGCAUCAUCGUCACACCCCUGUUGAAGUCUGCUCAGGUCAACGUCAAUGGGAAGUCUCUAAUUAUUAUUUCAUCGUGUUUUGAUCCUCCUCCCACCCCUGCUGCCACUGCUGUACAUUAGUGCACUUCUAUUAAACACAAUGUUUUUAUGGAACACA